AUGGCCAAGCCAAGUCCAAAAACACAGCCUCAAGAGUCAAUUCCAGAAACGGGGUCGUUUGUGGACAUCUCAAGGACACCAGGACCAGCUGAUGAACCAAGUGUUCUCUACAAAUUGAACAACGCAGUCGACGAGAGAUCAACCGCGCCCUCGAAUGAGUCUCAGUCCGGCCAACUCAAGGACGUCAUUCGGGCCGUAAACGAGAUGAAGCUCAAUGACGAAGAAGAAGAGAAGCGUGGGCUGGAGGGCGAUCAAGUUUCAAGUAAAGGCAUCUGGGAGGAUUCCGUUCUUGCUUGGCUUGACUUGAUAUGUCUCCACAUCUCGGGGAUAACGACAUUGGCGCAAAAGGGCAAGCCUAAUACCUUUGACCGACGUGUCGGUCAGAUCAUUCGAAACGUCAAGAUUGACCUUGUCAAGGCAACAAUGAGACGCUGUCAGAACGACCACUCUCCACAGCAGAUAAAUAUGAUCACGGAAUGGACCCUGAAUGAAGGUCAGAUCGAAGGUAUGGGCAGAGGAUUGCCAAGGAAAUACUUCGAUUACAGUAAGGAGAUGGUCAACCACAGUGGUACCUACCACUGCGAGGCUACGACGAUGGCCUUGUACCUUCUUGAAGAAAGCGGAGACGAGAUUGUCGAUCUUGAUGCCAAAGUAAACCUAACCGAUCCUGAUAGCCUCCACUUAAGACUCCCACCACGAGCUGUUACGGCUCAGUUCAAGGACACACUGGAUAUUCUACAAGUGUCUAAGAGUUCCUGUCCUGCUUGUUACGCCCUUGUCGACAAGACAAGCCCUCCAGGCUCGCUUCAAGAAGAUCUUCUUGUUGACGCUUCUCUAUUUCACGCUCUUCAAAUUGAAGAAGACAUUAUUGACACUAUAGAAAACAGCCAUACACCCAAACCAAGGUCGGUAGAAAGCAGAGGACGACAAAGAGAUAAAGCAGCAAAUAAGGCCAGAAGAGCCGAAAGACUCGCGGGCAAAAGCGAAUCUGAGCCCCCGGAAGCCAGCUCCGCAGCGGAGCCGAGAGAAAUUGUCAUUGGGAGGCGAGAAAGAGAAUCGCUGACACCAAGUACCCCCUUUAAACCACUCCAGAAGAAGGCAAAGACUGAAGGCGAAGCAGGUGGUGAUGAUGGCGAUGCACCGAUGGAGAGUACACCGGCGCCAGUGGAGGCAGCAGAACAGGAAUGGUCGGAAUCGCGUUGCCAUUUCUCCCAAGGGCAUUGGACAGCGUGUCGCUACAUUGACUGUCUCAAGAGGAGCCAUCGAGCGAGGAAGUUGACAUGA